AUGGGCUCCGCUGGGGGAGAACCCUUCAAGGACAUCACCCCCGUGGCGACCCCCGAGGGGAGCGUGGUGAUGAGCUUCAGCUUUGACAGCUACCAGCUGGAGGGAGAAGAACUCCAGGCAAAGGGAGUCCUCACCUUCAUGGAGCCGGUCUGCGAAGAACCGGAGCCCCAGGAUCGCUACCAUGGGAUUUAUUUCGCCAUGCUUCUGGCCGGAGUGGGGUUUCUCUUGCCUUACAACAGCUUCAUUACGGACGUGGACUACCUGCAUCACAAGUAUCCUGGGACCUCCAUCGUGUUCGACAUGAGCCUCACCUACAUCUUGGUCGCUUUAGCUGCCGUCAUCCUCAACAAUGCCCUGGUAGAGAUGCUCAGCCUCCACACGAGGAUCGCUGUGGGGUACCUCUUUGCCCUGGGCCCCCUCCUCUUCGUCAGCAUCUGUGACGUCUGGUUGGAUCUGUUCCCCCGGCGGCAGGCCUAUGCCAUCAACCUGAUUGCAGUGGGGGUGGUGGCCUUCGGUUGCACAGUGCAGCAAUCCAGCUUCUAUGGCUACACGGGGAUGCUGCCAAAGCGCUACACCCAGGGCGUGAUGACCGGCGAGAGCACCGCGGGCGUCAUCAUUUCCCUGAGCCGGAUCUUCACCAAGCUGCUCUUGUCGGACGAGAAGGAGAACACCAUAAUAUUCUUUUUCAUCUCCAUCAGCCUGGAGUUCACCUGCUUUAUCCUCCACCUGCUGGUGAAGCGGACGCACUUUGUGAAGUUCCACACUGCCCGCUCCCGCGACGGGGCGCUGGACUUCAGGGGGGCCGUGGACAGCGGCACCGGUUACCGUGUCCACCACGAUGUCACUGCAGAAGACAUCAGAUUUGAGAAUCGGCUUCGAGGGCAAGAAGUGCCCCCUCCUGACACCUUCGAGCAGGAAGGAGAGCUGGCCGGCAGCGGCACCUACGUGAGGUUUGAUGUCCCUCGGCCCAAACUCAAAAGGAGCUGGCCUAGCUUCCGAGAUAUGCUGCUCCAUCGUUACGUCGUCUCCAGGGUGAUCUGGGCGUACAUGCUCUCGAUAGCGAUGACGUAUUUCAUCACACUGUGCCUCUUCCCCGGGCUGGAAUCGGAAAUCCGGAACUGCACGCUUGGAGAGUGGCUUCCCAUCCUCAUCAUGGCCAUCUUCAACCUCUCCGACUUCGUGGGCAAGAUCCUGGCUGCCUUGCCUUACGACUGGAGGGGAACCCACCUUCUCAUCUACUCCUGCCUACGGGUGGUCUUCAUCCCCCUGUUUAUAAUGUGUGUUUACCCCAAUGGGAAGCCCACCUUCAGUCACCCGGCCUGGCCUUGUGUCUUUUCCCUCCUCAUGGGCAUCACCAACGGGUACUUCGGCAGUGUCCCCAUGAUCCUGGCGGCUGGCAAAGUGAGUCCGGAGCAGCGAGAACUGGCGGGCAACACGAUGACCGUGUCGUACAUGACGGGCCUGACGCUGGGCUCCGCGGUGGCCUACUUCGCCUACAGCCUCACCAGCACCUCGCACAGCACCUGCUUCCACACCGAAAGCUACAACGGCUCCAUCACCGCGGGGUACUGA